GGUCACUGGGAGCUGUGAUCUCACCAAGCCCCUGCCAGGAAAAGCCCCAGAAAAAGGGGAGGGAGGGAGAGCCAGAGGCUGCCGCUGCAGUUUGCAAGAACCGCAGGGGAGAAGGACGCUGCCACCCACAGCCUUCAGAGCUCAUUGCAGCUGGGACAGCCAGGAGUGGGGUUAGUCAGCAGCUCGACAAGCGGCUGCCCAGGUCCUGGGGUGGUGGCAGCCAGCGGGAGCAGGAAAGGAAGCAUGUUCCCACGCUGCCCACGCCUCUGGGUCCUGGUGGUCUUGGGCACCAGCUGGGUAGGCUGGGGGAGACAAGGGACAGAAGCGGUACAGCUAAGGCAGUUUUACGUGGCUGCUCAGGGCAUCAGUUGGAGCUACCGACCUGAGUCCACAAACUCAAGUUUGAAUCUUUCUGCAACUUCCUUUAAGAAAAUUGUCUACAGAGAGUAUGAACCAUAUUUUAAGAAAGAAAAACCACAAUCUAGCAUUUCAGGACUUCUUGGGCCUACUUUAUAUGCUGAAGUCGGAGAUAUCAUAAAAGUUCACUUUAAGAAUAAGGCAGAUAAGCCCUUAAGCAUCCAUCCUCAAGGAAUUAGGUACAGUAAAUUAUCAGAAGGUGCUUCUUACCUUGACCACACAUUCCCUGUGGAGAAGAUGGAUGAUGCUGUGGCUCCAGGCCAAGAAUACACCUAUGAAUGGAGUAUCAGUGAGGACAGCGGGCCCACCCAUGAUGACCCUCCAUGCCUCACACACAUCUAUUACUCCCAUGAAAAUCUGAUCGAGGACUUCAACUCUGGGCUGAUUGGGCCCCUGCUUAUCUGUAAAAAAGGGAUCCUAACUGAGGAUGGGAAACAGAAGACGUUUGACAAGCAAAUCGUGCUACUGUUUGCUGUGUUUGAUGAAAGCAAGAGCUGGAGCCAGUCAUCAUCCCUAAUGUACACAGUCAAUGGAUACGUGAAUGGGACAAUGCCAGAUAUAACAGUUUGUGCCCAUGACCACAUCAGCUGGCAUCUGCUGGGAAUGAGCUCGGGGCCAGAAUUGUUCUCCAUUCAUUUCAAUGGCCAGGUCCUAGAGCAGAACCAUCAUAAGGUCUCAGCCAUCACCCUGGUCAGUGCUACAUCCACUACCGCAAAUAUGACCGUGGGCCCAGAGGGAAAGUGGAUCAUAUCUUCUCUCACCCCAAAACAUUUGCAAGCUGGGAUGCAGGCUUACAUUGACAUUAAAAACUGCCCAAAGAAAACCAGGAAUCCUAAGAAAAUAACUCGUGAGCAGAGGCGGCACAUGAAAAGGUGGGAAUACUUCAUUGCUGCGGAGGAAAUCAUUUGGGACUAUGCACCUGUAAUACCAGCGAAUAUGGACAAAAAAUACAGGUCUCAGCAUUUGGAUAAUUUCUCAAACCAAAUUGGAAAACUUUAUAAGAAAGUUAUGUACACACAGUACGAAGAUGAGUCCUUCACCAAACGUACAGUGAAUCCCAAUAUGAAAGAAGAUGGGAUUUUGGGUCCUAUUAUCAGAGCCCAGGUCAGAGACACACUCAAAAUCGUGUUCAAAAAUAUGGCCAGCCGCCCCUAUAGCAUUUACCCUCAUGGAGUGACCUUCUCACCUUAUGAAGAUGAAGUCAACUCUUCUUUCACCUCAGGCAGGAACAACACCAUGAUCAGAGCAGUUCAACCAGGGGAAACCUAUACUUAUAAGUGGAACAUCUUAGAGUUCGAUGAACCCACAGAAAACGAUGCCCAGUGCUUAACAAGACCAUACUACAGUGACGUGGACAUCAUGAGAGACAUCGCCUCUGGGCUAAUAGGACUACUUCUAAUCUGUAAGAGCAGAUCCCUGGACAGGCGAGGAAUACAGAGGGCAGCAGACAUCGAACAGCAGGCUGUGUUUGCUGUGUUCGAUGAGAACAAAAGUUGGUACCUUGAGGACAACAUCAACAAGUUUUGUGAAAAUCCUGAUGAGGUGAAACGUGAUGACCCCAAGUUUUAUGAAUCAAACAUCAUGAGCACUAUAAAUGGCUAUGUGCCUGAGAGCAUAACUACUCUCGGAUUCUGCUUUGAUGACACUGUCCAGUGGCACUUCUGUAGUGUGGGGACCCAGAAUGAAAUUUUGACCAUCCACUUCACUGGGCACUCAUUCAUCUAUGGAAAGAGGCAUGAGGACACCUUGACCCUCUUCCCCAUGCGUGGAGAAUCUGUGACGGUCACAAUGGAUAAUGUUGGAACUUGGAUGUUAACUUCCAUGAAUUCUAGUCCAAGAAGCAAAAAGCUGAGGCUGAAAUUCAGGGAUGUUAAAUGUAUUCCAGAUGAUGAUGAAGACUCAUAUGAGAUUUUUGAACCUCCAGAAUCUACAGUCAUAGCUACACGGAAAAUACAUGAUCGUUUAGAAACUGAAGAUGAAGAGAGUGACACUGACUAUGAUUACCAGAGCAGACUGGCUGCAGCAUUAGGAAUUAGGUCAUUCAGAAACUCAUCAUUGAAUCAGGAAGAAGAAGAGUACAAUCUUACUGCCCUAGUUCUGGAGAAUGGCACUGAAUUCAUUUCUUCGAACACAGAUAUAAUUGUUGGUUCAAAUUAUUCUUCCCCAAAUAAUACUAGUAAGCUCACUGUCAAUAACCUUGCAGAACCUCAGAAAACCCCUUCUCACCGACAAGCCACCACAGCUGGUUCCCCACUGAGACACCUCAGUGGCAAGAACUCAGUUCUCAAUUCUUCCACAGCAGAGCAUUCCAGCCCUUAUUCUGAAGACUCUAUAGAGGAUCCUCUACAGCCAGAUGUCACAGGGAUACAUCUACUUUCACUUGGUGCUAGAGAAUUCAAAAAUCAAGAACAUGCUAAACAUAAGGAACCCAAGGUAGAAAGAGACCAAGCAGCAAAGCACGGGUUCUCCUGGAUGAAAUUACUAGCACAUAAAGUUGGGAGACACCUAAGCCAAGACACUGGUUCUCCUUCCAGAGUGAGGCCCUGGGAGGACCUUCCUAGUGAUCUGUUACUCUUAAAACAAAAUAACUCAUCUAAGAUUUUGGUUGGGAGAUGGCAUUUGGCUUCUGAGAAAGGUAGCUAUGAAAUAAUCCAAGAUACUGAUGAAGACACAGCUGUUAACAAUCGGCUGAUCAGCCCCCAGAAUGCCUCACGUGCUUGGGGAGAAAGCACCCCUCUUGCCAACAAGCCUGAAAAGCAGAGUGGCCACCCAAAGUUUCCUAGAGUUAGACAUAAAUCUCUGCAAGUAAGACAGGAUGGAAAGAGUAGACUAAAGAAAAGUCAGUUUCUCAUUAAGACAAGAAAAAAGAAAAAAGAGAAGCGUACACACCACGCUCCUUUAUCUCCAAGGACUUUUCACCCUCUAAGAAGUGAAGCCUACAACACAUUUUCAGAAAGAAGACUUAAUCAUUCAUUGUUGCUUCAUAAAUCCAAUGAAACAUCUCUUCCCAAAGACCUCAAUCAGACACUGCCCUCUAUGGAUGUUAGCUGGAUAGCCUCACUUCCUGACCAUAAUCAGAAUUCCUCAAAUGAUACUGAUCAGACAAGCUCUCCUCUAGGUCUUUAUCAGACAGUGCCCCAAGAGGAACACUAUGAAACAUUCCCCAUUCAAGACCCUGAUGAAAUGCACUCUACUUCAGACCCCAGUCACAGAUCCUCUUCUCCAGAGCUCAGUGAGAUGCUUGAGCAUGACCGAAGUCACAAGUCCUUCCCCACUGAUAUAAGUCAAAUGUCCCCUUCCUCAGAACAUGAAGUCUGGCAGACAGUCACCUCUCCAGACCUCAGCCAGGUGACCCUCUCUCCAGAACUCAGCCAAACAAACUUCUCUCCAGACCUCAGCCACACGACUCUCUCUCCAGAACUCAGUCAGACAAACCUUUCCCCAGCCCUCGGUCAGAUGCCCAUGUCUCCAGACCUCAGCCAUACAACCCUUUCCCCAGACCUCUGUCAUACAACCCUUUCUCUAGACCUCAGUCAGACAAACCUCUCUCCAGAAUUUAGUCAGACAAACCUUUCCCCAGACCUCAGUGAGAUGCCCCUUUCUCCAGACCUCAGCCAUACAACCCUUUCUUCAGACCUCGGUCAGACAAACCUCUCUCCAGAACUUAGUCAAACAAACCUUUCCCCAGCCCUCAGUCAGAUGCCCCUUUCUCCAGACCUCAGCCAGGUGACUGUCUCUCCAGACAUCAGUGAGACCACCCUUCUCCCUGAUCUCAGCCAGAUAUCACCUCCUUUAGACCUUGAUCAGAUAGUCUACCCUUCUGAAUCUAGUCAGUCAUUGCAUCUUCCAGAAUUUAAUGAGACUUUUCCUUAUCCAGACCUUGGUCAGCUGCCAUCUCCUUCAUCUCCUACUCUCAAUGAUACUUUUCUAUCAAAGGAAUUUAAUCCACUGGUUAUAGUGGGCCUCAGUAAAGAUGGUACAGAUUACAUUGAGAUUAUUCCAAAGGAAGAGGUCCAGAGCAGUGAAGAUGACUAUGCUGAAAUUGAUUAUGUGCCCUAUGAUGACCCCUACAAAACUGAUGUUAGGACAAACAUCAAUUCCUCCAGAAAUCCUGACAACAUUGCAGCAUGGUACCUCCGCAGCAACAACGGAAACAGAAGAAAUUAUUAUAUUGCUGCUGAAGAAAUAUCCUGGGAUUAUUCAGAAUUUGUACAAAGGGAAACAGAUAUUGAAGACUCUGAUGAUAUUCCAGAAGACACCGUAUAUAAGAAAGUAGUUUUUCGAAAGUACCUCGACAGCACUUUUACCAAACGUGAUCCUCGAGGGGAGUAUGAAGAGCAUCUUGGAAUUCUUGGUCCUAUUAUCAGAGCUGAAGUGGAUGAUGUUAUCCAAGUUCGUUUUAAAAAUUUAGCAUCCAGACCAUAUUCUCUACAUGCCCAUGGACUUUCCUAUGAAAAAUCAUCAGAGGGAAAGACUUAUGAAGAUGACUCUCCUGAGUGGUUUAAGGAAGAUAAUGCUGUUCAGCCAAAUAGCAGUUAUACCUACGUAUGGCAUGCCACUGAACGAUCAGGGCCAGAAAGUCCUGGCUCUGCCUGUCGGGCUUGGGCCUACUACUCAGCUGUGAACCCAGAAAAAGAUAUUCACUCAGGCUUGAUAGGUCCCCUCCUAAUCUGCCAAAAAGGAAUACUACAUAAGGACAGCAACAUGCCUGUGGACAUGAGAGAAUUUGUCUUACUAUUUAUGACCUUUGAUGAAAAGAAGAGCUGGUACUAUGAAAAGAAGUCCCGAAGUUCUUGGAGACUCACAUCCUCAGAAGUGAAAAAAUCCCAUGAGUUUCACGCCAUUAAUGGGAUGAUCUACAGCUUGCCUGGCCUGAGAAUGUACGAGCAAGAGUGGGUGAGGUUACACCUGCUGAACAUAGGUGGCUCCCAAGACAUUCACGUGGUUCACUUUCAUGGCCAGACCUUGCUGGAAAAUGGCAAUAAACAGCACCAGUUAGGCGUCUGGGCCCUUCUGCCUGGUGCAUUUAAAACUCUCGAAAUGAAGGCAUCAAAACCUGGCUGGUGGCUCCUAAACACAGAGGUUGGAGAAAACCAGAGAGCAGGGAUGCAAACGCCAUUUCUUAUCAUGGACAGAGACUGUAAGAUGCCAAUGGGACUAAGCACUGGUAUCAUAUCUGAUUCACAGAUCAAGGCUUCAGAAUUUCUGGGUUACUGGGAGCCCAGAUUAGCAAGAUUAAACAAUGGUGGAUCUUAUAACGCUUGGAGUGUAGAAAAACUUGCAGCAGAAUUGGCCUCUAAACCUUGGAUCCAGGUGGACAUGCAAAAGGAAGUCAUAAUCACAGGGAUCCAGACCCAAGGUGCCAAACACUACCUGAAGUCCUGCUAUACCACAGAGUUCUAUGUGGCUUAUAGUUCCAACCAGAUCAACUGGCAGAUCUUCAAAGGGAACAGCACAAGGAAUGUGAUGUAUUUUAAUGGCAAUUCAGAUGCCUCUACAAUAAAAGAGAAUCAGUUUGACCCACCUAUUGUGGCUAGAUAUAUUAGGAUCUCUCCAACUCGAGCAUAUAACAGACCUACCCUUCGAUUGGAGUUGCAAGGUUGUGAGGUAAAUGGAUGUUCCACACCGCUGGGUAUGGAAAGUGGAAAGAUAGAAAACAAGCAAAUCACAGCUUCUUCGUUUAAAAAAUCUUGGUGGGGAGAUUACUGGGAACCCUUCCGUGCCCGUCUGAAUGCCCAGGGACGUGUGAAUGCCUGGCAAGCCAAGGCAAACAACAACAAGCAGUGGCUACAAAUUGAUCUACUCAAGAUCAAGAAGAUAACAGCAAUUACAACACAGGGCUGCAAGUCUCUGUCCUCUGAAAUGUAUGUAAAGAGCUAUACCAUCCACUACAGUGACCAGGGAGUGGAAUGGAAACCAUACAGGCUGAAAUCCUCCAUGGUGGACAAGAUUUUUGAAGGAAAUACUAAUACCAAAGGACAUGUGAAGAACUUUUUCAACCCCCCAAUCAUUUCCAGGUUUAUCCGUGUCAUUCCUAAAACAUGGAAUCAAAGUAUUGCACUUCGCCUAGAACUCUUUGGCUGUGAUGUUUACUAGAACCGAAUAUUCAAAAACCCCUGGAAGAGGCUCUUUAAGACCUCAAACCAUUUAGAAUGGGCAAUGUAUUUACGCUGUGUUAAAUGUUAACAGUUUUCCACUAUUUCUCUUUUUUUCUAUUAGUGAAUAAAAUUUUAUACAAGAAGC